AUGUCUUAUUUUGAUCCUAAGCUUUGUACUGAAAUUAUUGUAGAUGCAUCCCCAGUUGGACUUGGUUGUGUUUUAGUCCAGAAAGAAUCUGACAUUGAUAAUGAAUAUGUCCGUGUGAUUGCGUAUGCAUCUAGAUUGUUGAGUGAUGUGGAAAGUCGUUCCCAGAUUGAGAGAGAAGCUCUUGCUGUGUGCUGGGCUAUAGAACGUUUUCAUCUCUAUCUGUAUGGGAAAACUAACCCUGCUGACUACAUGUCAAUGCAUCCCAUUGAAAUGCAAAAUGUACAUUCUGAUAAAGUCACAGAAGAAUAUGUGAAUUAUGUAUGCGAGAAUACAUGUCCCAAAGCUAUCAAACUAUGUGAAAUAAAAAGUGCUUCUGAAAAUGAUAGUGUGAUACAGAAUGUGAUAAAAUGCUUGCAAAAUAACUUAUGGUAUAAGUAUAAAGAUUGUGAAGAAAUGUCCAUUUUUGCCAAAAUUGCCAGUGAACGAGGUAAUCGAAUUGUUAUUCCAGUAUGUUUGAGACGUAAAAUUGUUGACAUUGCUCAUGAGGGACAUAUGGGUAUGAGUAAAACAAAAUCUUUGUUAACAGAAAAGAUAUGGUUUCCUGGUAUGGAUGCUAUGGUAGAAAAUGUGGUGAAAAGCUGUGCUGCUUGUGCUUCUGUUGUGAAAGAUGAGAGAAUGCUCCCUCUAAGCAUGAGUUUUCCUGAAGUUGUGAAAACUGAUAAUGGUCCUCCUUGGCAAAGUUAUCAAUUCAGACGUUUUAUGGAACUGUGUGGCAUACGUCAUAGAAAGAUAACUCCCUUGUGGCCUAGAGCUAAUGCCCAGUCCGAAAAUUUUAUGAAACCUUUGGGUAAGGCUAUCAAAACUGCUACGGUUGAAGGCAAGUUUUGGAAGCAGGAAAUGUAUAAAUUUUUGAGAAAUUAUGGAGCAUGCCCCCAUGUUACAACAGGUAGACCACCUGCUGAAUUAUCGUAUGGUACUAAUAUUAAAGUCCUAUUGCCUGAAGUUAUUGUUCCUACUGUUGAUAAUGAUUUACGUGAUCGUGAUUGUUUUCAUAAGGCUAAACAGAAAAUGUAUGCUGACGCAAGAAAUUGUUUAAAGCCGACUGAACAAAUUCAUGUUGGUGACUCCGUGAUCAUGAGACAAAAUAGAAGCAAUAAGCUUUCUUCAGCAUAUAGACCUGAGCCUAUGGAUGUUAUAAAUGUAAAAGGUUCUAUGAUUACUGCACAAAGUCCCAAUAUUGGCAGUAAAACUAGAAAUGCUUCUCUAUUUAAAAAAGUGAAUGAUUGUACCUUUCGCAAGCGUUUUACAAAUAUCACUGGUGCUGAUGUUUUACAUGAUAAUGAUAUUUCUGACGAUACUGCUAAUUUGAAUGUUGAUAAUGAAACAGCAGAUCCUAUUGCUGAAAGUCCACCUUCUGUUCCAAGUGUUAGAGAUCGUCCUAGAAGAUGUCCAAAAGUGCCAAGUAGAUUUAAAGAUUUUCAUAUGGGACGAAUUACAGUAUUGACUGCUUAA